CUGUCCUAAAUAUUGGAGAAAUAUGUAACGUUUAAGUCAUUACUAUUAUAUUCAAAAUGCAAUAUGAUUUAGCAAAGAACGUAUAAAACGAAAUGUGUAUAUUUAUAGGGGGGAAAAUCGCUCUUACAGGAACCGUGUAGAGAAAUGUGGCUGACGGAGAAGAGCUGGGAUUAAAGACACGUUCGUUUCUUCCCAUUACUUUUCGUGUAAAUACAAAGAUUGUUAAAUCUUUGUUCUGUUUUUGCUCUUCGUGACGUCAAUAAUCAGUUUCCUAGCCAACGUCUAGUUCGGACUGCUCGACAGUAACCAAGUCCGUUGCCGGUUACCAGGCUUUACUGGCAGACUGAUACGGUCAACAUUUUCAUUAGAAUUAAGUUUUCAUACAACGGAACUUGUAUGUGAACAUUUAACGUAAAUGCCAUAUACACGUAUACGGUGACUAAAAUCGCUUUUAACGUGCAAAGUCUAUUUUUACUUGUUUAAUUCGGACGCAUUACGUACCUCUGUGAACUGGUUGAAAAAGUUUUUUUUAUUAUUAUUAUUGAGCUCUUAGCACUCUACCACUUUCCCUUUUUUGGAACCAGUUGUUGUACACACUCAAUAAACACGAGUACACACUGUUCCACGUCAUGGGUUUUUUUCUUUCUUCUACGUUACGUUAAUCCAGAACGUGUGCUGUGAUUGGUCAUUCCAGAUUUAUUUCAGGCCAUGAAAGAGUCGGUGUGGCUAUGGUCUAAACCAACAACCGUGAACAGAAAUAUCUAUGUACCAGCCACUCUUCUCUUUCAGUCAACACGUGGAGCUUCUAAAAAAAUCAGGGGAAACCAGAUGAUAAAUCAACAAACUGGGGUCAAACAUGGACCUUUUGCAGUUGAUUGAGGAUUUAGAUCAUGUCAACAACAAUGACCUAGACUCUUACCCGCUGUCAAUGACUAGCAUAGGUGAUGCUCUACUUGACAUGGCUGAGAGUGGAGGCCAGUUCCAGCCACAGCCUCCACAGGCACUUCUGAGAGAAUCAAGUCUCCCUGAAUCUGUCCUUGUAAAGAACCCUUAUCAUGAAGAACCAGAUGCUCUGCAGGGACAACUGAAAGAGACAUGUUCUGAGUGGGAAGACCAAAAUUCAGACUCUUUACAAGAGAUCCUGGAGGUCCUGCAGCAGCUGACAGACAAUAAUCCAACUGCAGAUGUUGAGGAGAAUGACCCCCACAAGGCAUCGUGUAUCCAGAAAAUACUGGAGCAGAUGCUGGCCGGAGCAGAGCACCUGCUGCCUGCACCCGCACAGCCACAGCUACAGAUCCCCUUUGCUCCCCCUUCCCAUCUAACUCCCCCCCUGCACAUUGCAGAGACAAAAUACUCGCAUGUCCCUUCUGUCCCCAUGUUCAGCGACCAAGACCAGAACAUGACUGAACACACAGGACAUGUGGCAGACAUUUUGCUGAAGAACUGGGUUCCUGAUGUAGAAAUCAAAAACAGACCAAGUGUGUCAUGUGAUGGUCCUUUAGGGGACUUCACUAGAGCCCUUGAAUCCUCCGUUCUCUCUUUGAACGGCCACACGACCAAAAAAAGGUUGCGUUCCAACCAGACAAAAGCGGAGAAACCGUACAUAAAGAAGCCACCAAACGCCUUCAUGGUGUACAGGCAGGAGCAGAGGGCAAAGAUCACAGCAGAGUUUAAUAUCAGUGACAGUGCACUGGUGAACACAGAGCUCGGGCUGAGGUGGAAGUGUAUGUCUAAGCAGGACAAACUGAAAUAUUUCCAGGAAGCAGACAGGCUGAAGUGUCUGCACGCCCAGCAGAAUCCUGACUGGUCCAGCAGUGACAACUAUGGGAAAAAGAAGAAGAGGAUCAAGAGGAACUAUUAAACCGUAACCAACGCUUGAGCAGCUCUGUAACUAUGCACUCAACUGUUAAUAAGCGACCGUUACCGAAUGAUUGUUUUUAUCCUUAAAGUAUUUCAAUAUAGAAUCAAUGACAUUUUGUAUGGUUUCUUACCACUAUGAUAUUAUUAUUAUUAAAAAAAAAUCAAAUUUAACAGACAUCUUUUCAGAUGAACGCUAACUUAUAAAUAAAUUAGAAGCUAAGCUAAUGCGUGAUAUGAAGAGACUCGUUCCAACCCAGUGAGAAAUAUGAUAACGUUUACUUUUGUAAACAGUCAACUGAUUUAUGUAUGGACUCGUUUAAAACCUGCAAGUGUUUGAAAACAUGAAACUGUGUGAAACACAUCUAUCUGGUAAUAGUUGACAUUAAAUCCUUUGUAGCUUAUAAUACGUGCAACAUUUUGGAUUUCAACUGCCGUAAACGUUUCUGCCAUUUUCUGUAAACAGCACAAAUGAAAUCAAAUCGUUAAAUGAGACGUUCAAGUUCACUGGAUAUAAACGAACAAUAUAAACGUCUGUAAACAAUUUAAGACUCAAAAUAAGAAGAAAAAAUAUGUUCAAAAUGUUUAAAUUAUGUUCCUCAACAAAUAACAAUUUUUAAGUGAUUAAUAUUUACGCGUAAUCACGAUGACGUCUGUACCGACAAUGUGAUCAAUAUAUGUAUGUUUACCAGCCAGUGUUAUGAAGAUUUUGUCAAUCGACUUGUAAUAAAACAUGAAGAAAUAAAGUGUAAACUGGCAUCGACGGCUCUAACGGUUUGAUGACGUCAAGUUCCGGCAGAAAUGCUUAAAAUUAUAACAUCCGGUACAAUGAACAAUAGUAGGAGCAUUGUUUACAUUCUUCUCAGUUCACACAUUAUAUUUAUUGUUAUUGUCUAUUAUUUUUAAUCCUUUUCUUAAAUCAGUUAAUUUUUGACAUA